AUGCGUACUUCCAUCUUCUUCACAGCCAUCGCGCUCAUUCCCUUCGCUAUGUCAGCACCAUCUCGCCGUCCAUCGUUCUAUCCUCGUCAGAACUGUGAAAAUGGCACUGCCGACACAACCACUCCUGACGAGCCCACGGAAUCCACAACUCCCCUUUGUGACCUCAGUGGCGUCCAGCAACCGCCCUCCAGCUUGCCACCACCAACAGCCGACAUGUCUCUUGUCCUCGUUGCCCUUGGCCAAGGCACACAGAAUUACACCUGCAGCAACGCAACGGCCAUUCCUUCGUCUAUUGGUGCAGUAGCCCAACUCUUCAAUGCCUCGUGCGAACUCUCUUCCAAUCCUACCGCUGGCACCGCCUCUCUAGGUUCCAUCGAAGAGACCGCAUCCAUCGGCGCGCACUUUUUCCUCGACAACACAACGCCUGAUUUCGAUAUUCUCGGCCUCGGUAACACUGUGGCCAAGAAGAUUGAUGAUGUACCCGCGCCUGAUGACGCGACCAAGAAUGUGAAAUGGUUGAGGCUUGAGGCACAAACGGGCUCGAGCAGCGAUGUCAAGAUGGUGUACCGUCUUAACACCGUCGGCGGUAUGGCCCCAGCAUCUUGUGCUGGUAUGGCUCCCGGAGAGGUGGUUACUGUGGAAUAUGAAGCACAGUAUUGGAUUUACACUUAG